CUGUUUUUUAACAGUAACAAAAUGACUACUGGGCAGUGAAAAAUAAAUAAUUGCUAGUAAACAUUUUUUGUGGUAAUUGUAUUUACCUUUAGAACUAAGUGAAAUGGCUAUUAUCACCUCAGCAAGGGGUCAAAGUGUAACAGGGUGGUCCCCAGGAAAGGGGGAGGUUCCAGGUUCCCUGCCCCACCCAAGGGAGGGUGGAGCUGAGCAGGAAGAGGAGAAGCUGCAGAAGAGACUGAGGAAGGAGGAUGGAGCCAGGAGACACGUGAAGAAACUGCGCUUGUCUUUUGGUCGUGGCCUGGGUGACACAGAUGUGGAACCCAUAGUGGCAGAGCUGGGCAAGGAUGCCACACUGCCCUGCUUCCUGGACCCAGUCAUGAGUGCAGAGAACAUGGAGUUGAGGUGGUUCCGGUCCAAUGUCUGGGAGUCAGUUUUCACCUAUCAAGAUGGACAGGAACGAGAUGAGGAGCUGAUGGCCCAGUAUGCAGGGCGGACCUCGCUGGUCAGGGAAUUCCUCAGUGUAGGGGAGGCUGCUGUGCGCAUCCACAAGGUCCAGGCUGCUGACAAUGGGCUGUACACCUGCUUCUUCAGCAACGGAGUCUUCCGUGGGCAAGCCAGCUUGGAGCUGCAGGUGGCAGGUGUGGGCUCUGCCCCCCAAGUGCACAUCUCGGGACCAGAGGAGAAUGGGUUGCGCGUGGUGUGCACAGCCUCGGGCUGGUUCCCGGAGCCCCAGGUGCAGUGGAGAGAUCCCCGUGGGGAGCAGUUCCUGGAGUUCUCCAAGGUCCAGGCCCAGGACACUGAGGGGCUGUUCAGUGUGGAGGCCGCUCUGGUGGUGAGAGACAGCUCUGCAGGGAGCGUGACCUGCUCCAUCCUCAACCCUGUCCUGCACCAGGAGAAAGCCAUGGCCAUUGUCAUCCCAGAGCCCUUCUUCCCCCGGGCCUCUCCCUGGAAGCCGGCUUUCCUGGUGAUCCUGCCCCUGCUGCUGUUCCUGCUCCUGGGGGCUGCCUGCUACACCUGGAUAGAACAUUCCAUACUGAUGUGGGAGCUGCAGGAACAGGGGGACCUGGGCCAGGCUAAGGAGGAGGACAGACAGACCAAGGAGGAGGCCCUGAAGGACACAGGUGAACUUCAGGCAAUUCUAGACCAGAGGAAGGCAGCUUACCUGGCUGCCUGGAGGAAGGCCCAGCUGUAUGCAGAUUGGCGGAAGGAGCAGUUCCAGGCCUGGCCUGUCACUCUGGAUCCAGGUUCUUGCAGUGAUGAAAUUGUCCUCUCUCAUGACAAGAAGAGUCUGACCUGUCAUCACGAUGGAAAAGAAGGAGGAUGCACUGUUUUGGGUCUUGAGGGCAUCACAUCAGGGCGCUGUUACUGGGAAGUAGAGAUCUAUUUUUAGGGGUCUGGACUAUCUGACCAGAAAACUUUGGCCUCCAGAAUAUUUGGGAAAAUGGCUGAUGGUGGACAUUAGAGGAGCCUAAUAUUCUGUUAUCUGCUUCUUACUCUGGAAUGGAUGAAAUACACUUAAUUUUAUCAAACCUGAUGGACUUCUAAUACCAGUGAUAAACUUGUGGUGUGUUAAUUUGGUGACGUCAGGAGAAGGAUCUGGUUCCUCUUUUGUGUCCACACCAUUU